GCUCCGCCUACACGAGAGCGAUGCUGGAUUCUGCCACAACUCGGUCGGCUGCGGCGCGGCGUGGUCAUGGCGCGAACUGUGCGCCCGCCGAACCGCACAUCGUGGCGGCGUGCGAGCGGCCAGUAGGAUGUCACUGAAGACGCCGACGCCGGGCGGCGGCGAGCGGGAGACAUGGGGCAAGAAAGUGGACUUCCUGCUCUCCGUCAUUGGGUUCGCCGUCGACCUCGCCAACGUGUGGCGCUUUCCCUACCUCUGCUACAAGAAUGGGGGAGGGGCCUUCUUGGUGCCAUAUUGCAUCAUGUUGGUGGUGGGAGGGAUACCUUUGUUCUACAUGGAGUUGGCUCUCGGACAGUUUCACCGCAAGGGAGCUAUUACUUGCUGGGGAAGGCUUGUUCCAUUAUUUAAGGGUAUAGGUUAUGCAGUGGUCCUGAUUGCCUUUUAUGUUGACUUUUACUACAACGUGAUCAUAGCAUGGGCUUUGCGUUUCUUCUUCGCCUCAUUUACGACUAUGCUCCCGUGGACAAACUGCAAUAACGAAUGGAACACUCCAUCUUGUCAACCGUUCGAAGCCAAUUGGGAGAUUAUGCACGCAAAUAGGACUCGUCAGAAUUCUUCCAAUCCACCUCCAGCCACACCAUUUACUUCGGCGGCGUCGGAAUAUUUCAAUCGGGCAAUUUUGGAACUACAAGGGAGCGAAGGACUUCAUGAUCUGGGUGCAAUUAAAUGGGAUAUGGCAUUAUGCCUUCUAGCAGUUUAUAUCAUCUGUUAUUUUUCCUUGUGGAAAGGCAUAAGUACAUCUGGCAAAGUGGUUUGGUUCACUGCAUUAUUCCCAUACGCUGUGUUGCUUAUACUUUUGGUACGAGGAAUUACGCUUCCUGGCUCAGCUACAGGGAUCGCAUACUAUCUUAGCCCGAAUUUUGAGGCUAUAACGCAACCACAGGUUUGGGUUGAUGCGGCUACUCAAGUAUUCUUCUCGUUGGGUCCUGGUUUUGGAGUUCUUUUAGCUUAUGCAUCUUAUAACAAAUAUCAUAAUAACGUUUACAAGGACGCAAUAUUGACCAGUGUUAUUAAUUCCUGCACGUCUUUCAUCGCUGGUUUUGUAAUCUUCAGUGUGCUGGGUUAUAUGGCCUAUGCUUCGGGUAAAGAUAUUCAGGAUGUGGCUACGGAGGGACCUGGAUUAGUAUUCGUUGUGUAUCCAGCUGCUAUUGCAACUAUGCCGGGCUCUACGUUUUGGGCAUUGAUAUUCUUUAUGAUGUUGCUUACCUUGGGAUUGGAUAGCUCUUUUGGCGGCUCGGAAGCUAUAAUAACAGCUUUAAGCGAUGAGUACCCUCCUAUCGGGCGGCACCGAGAAAUUUUUGUGGCGUGUCUUUUCACACUGUACUUUAUCGUUGGAUUGGCGUCGUGCACAAAGGGAGGUUUCUAUUUCUUCCAACUUUUGGACCGUUAUGCUGCUGGAUACUCCAUGUUAGUGGCCGUUUUCUUCGAGGCAAUCGCUGUAUCUUGGAUUUAUGGGACGGAAAGGUUUUGUGAGGACAUUCGCGACAUGAUAGGUUUCAAGCCAGGGUUAUACUGGAGAAUCUGCUGGCGUUUCGCGGCUCCGGCCUUCCUCCUCUUCAUCACUGCUUACGGUCUGCUGGACUAUGAACCCUUGCAAUACGAAGGCUAUGUGUAUCCCUGGUGGGCGAAUGCUUUGGGAUGGGCUAUCGCUGGAUCGAGCGUCAUUUGUAUACCAACUGUUGCGAUCUAUAAAAUUCUCACCACGAAAGGAACAUUUUUUGAGCGUCUCCACAUUCUAACCACACCAUACGCAGACACCGAGAACAGCACCAUUCACAACGGGGUCGUGGUAUCCGAGAGUGGUGGAGUGCGGCUCACGUCAGCCGUCACAACGCCCACCACACCGCCCGCCACCACCCCGACAACUCAACCCGCGCUCGUGUGAGCCCAACUAUCCUUCGACGUCUACUAUGUUUAGUUAAUUUUAACCCUUUUCGAAAAUGGCGGCAGGUUAUAAAAUAAUUUAAUUAAAUAAUGUAGUUAAAUUAUACAUUAAAUAAAAAUAAUUAAAUACCAAAUGUAGAAAAUUAGGUAUUGCUUACAUCAAAGUAUGUAAAUGUCAUUUACAGAUUUGCAUGUAAGUAAAAAUAAUUAAUUUAACCACUCAUACCUACAUACCUUUGAAAAAAAAAUUAAUAAAUAUUGACAUAGAUAUAACUUAAUCAAAUAUUUGCGCUAAGUUUGUUUAAAAGCUUUUCUUAUUUGUCUUAAUUAUACUGAAAGAAAUUAAUUUUCUUUAGAUAUCGAGUAUCCCAACAUGUAAAGUAGACUAAUUGCUUACCUAAUUAAUCGACGCAAAUCAAAUAGUUGACACAAUAGCUGCUAUUAUAAUAAUUACUUAUCAUAGAUUCAAAUUCAGUAAUAUUGUGUAUUUAUGUAAUAACUAAUAAUAUUCAGGAAACCGUCGAUGUUUUAGAUGUAGAUAUUAGUAAUAUUAUGAGCAUAAGGUUGAUGCUGGAACAAUUAGAAAUAGUUAAAAAUGCUUCUACUAACGAUAUGCCUAUCCAAGAAUGGGUUUAUUUUAUUAAUACUGCCUUUUAUGGUUCACUGGCAAAUAAGAUUUAAAAUAUAUUAAUCUUUGAGUUUUGGCGCCAAAUUAUUGGCACAUAGCUUAAGUACAGAUAACCUACAAAAAUAUUUUCACAUAUGAAUACAAUAUAAUAUUUAUUAUAGGUAUGCUGCGGAGGCCAUUAAAGUAUCGCUUCAUAUUGUGCUUAUUUCGUAAUUAUUAAUAUUUUAUAGAUAAUUAAGAAGGUAAUACCUUAUAUUGUAGGUAAUGAUUAUUAGACUCUAUAUUUAAUUCACUUUUUUUUAAUUAUGUUAUCAUUAUGUAGAAUAGUCUAUGGUGUUAUAUUGUUCUCUUUCGAAACUCGAAAUGAAAUGCUGUGUAGAUAAUAGUACACGUAGGUAAUAAUUAUAAAUGAUCUAUAUUUUAAAUUGGUGUUGUGCAUAGUUCAUAUACCCACUUAUAAAUCUAUAUUAAAACUAGUCAUAACUAAUCUACUAUCACUUGCAUUAAUUAUUAAUUACCUACAUAAUUUUAAUCAAUCGUCUAAAAACUCUAUAUUAAUCAAACUUGUUUGUAGUACGUAUGUUUAAAUAUAUAUUUUAAUGUACUUGUUGAUGUGUAGGAAAAUAGAUGGUUAUUCUGCUCUUUCUUCAAUUUAUCUCUUGAUGUUGUGAAAAAGUAUUUUAUAGGUGCUCCAUUUUUAGUGCACUAUUCGUAAUUUUUUUUCUUAUUCUUUACGACUAUUCAUCACUCCGACUUGGGCAAUGCGGAUUGAUGAAUUGUUUUGACGUAAAUUGAUUGAUUUUUACAAUAAAUUUAAGGUGUGUUUUGAAUAGAAAGGACACGUUCCACACAUUACGUUUUAUAUGUGGUGUGUAGAUGAAGCUUUAUAUUUAAAAGCAAUAGAGAAGAAUAUUAUAGAAUAAGAGUUUUAUCUUUCGAAAUUCAUGUAAAAUCAUACAAGAAUUAACAAACUAGGUAAUUAUUCUCUCUUUCAAAUGUUUACAAGUAGUUAUCAUAUAUCAUAGAUUAUCAUAUCUCAUCGUGUUAUACUCAGUAGAAUUUCAUAUUUAUGGUAGUCUUAUUCUUGAUCUCUUGAUACCUAGAUUUAAAUAAUAUUUAACAAAAUCAAUCGUCAUACCAGCCAUUAUGACAAUUGAGUGUAGAAUAAACGUAUUU